UCAGAAAGAUUAACAAAACAGGAGGGACACUCACAUGAGCACCCUAAAAGAAUGUGCUUCUUACAGCCAGGAAAAUGAGGUCUGAAUGACCUUGCAUCUUUCUAAUGUCCUUUGAUCUGGUUUCUUCUGGAGCCGUGCCAUUAGUGGCCGUUUUCCCUGGGGUGCUCAGUGAGGCCACUUCUGAUGGAAGUGGUGAUCAUGGCAGAUGGCCUGUGAUGGGUAGCCAUGGCUUCUUCAUCUGCAGGCUCCAGCAGCUGAGUGCUGAUGUACAAUGGUUGGCCUUCCACCUUCGGCAUCCCCUGAAGCUGCUCCUGUUCUUUUGUGCAGUAAGUGCGUGCUGUAAUUCACUUUUAAGCACACAGAAAUGUUUCUUCUUGAAAUGAGUUUCAUUGCAGUGCAGUGGGUGUGGGCUCAGCAGACAAGCAAGCUGAGUUUCCACGGGGUAAUCCUGGGGGAUCCAAACAUUGGGAUUGCCAAGUUGGAUUCACUGGAAGCUUUGUGGCUGAUCCUGGAGCCUUGGGGAAGGCAAAGCUCCUGUGAAGCUGAAGGAAGAUUUCCUGGAAUGAACACAGGAACUGAUGACUGUGUGUGUAGCAGACUCUCAGCUUUUAAUGUUGAGAUCCUGGCUGCUGUGUGAGUGCAGGUGUAGCAGAGCACCCUGCGUGCCUUACACUUGUAAAUCAACUUGGUUGUACUAUGGCUUUACUGCAUAACAGUUGGCACAGAGCUGUGAACAAGAGUGAUCUGUGAGUGGAGCUACCCAGCUCUGUACCGUCCUCUUGAAACACAGAGCUGUUUCAGGCUGGGCCAGACUCUUUCACUGCUGGGGUCAUCGCAAGGCUGGGCUGGCAGCAGAGUGCUCACUUCGGGGGAAAGUCACUGUGACCCAGCAGAGGUGGGUCCUCAAGUGCUGUGCUCAGGAGUGUGAGGGUUAUGUGCCUGCCACACUUCAGAGUCUUGGAAUAUGGGAGCCUUUAAAGGAUGGUCCCAUGGCAGUACUCCUUGUUUUGUUUGCUCCUGUUUCUGCCUGCCUGGUCUUCUCAUUUUGACAGAUCACCACUAGAAAUAGCUCUUUUGCAGUAAAGACAAUUUUAAAUGUUUCUUUCUAUCAAAAUUCCCAAAUAACUCAAAAUGUUCCUUCCAGGCUGCAUCUGUCCCUCAUCACAUGCUGUUCCUUCCUCUUCUGUGUUUUUCCGAUGCUUCAGCUUAGCAUAUCCUCAGCAAGCAAUGGAAAACCUAGCACUGGGAGUGAGAUGGUGACACAGUGACCUCGUUCUGAGCAUUACUUUCUUUGUCAGGAGCAGCAGAAGCUGAGGCAGCUCCACUGGCUCUCAGCACUUGGAGCAGUUUGACGUUUUCUGCCUGGCGGGGUUUCAGGGCUCACUUUGUUGUGAGCCCAAACGGUGAAUGGAAUGAUGAAAAACGAGCUUGCAAGAACUUGUCCACUGCUUUUAAUUUUUUGAUAAACAGUUGCAGCAGCACAACUUUGAUCCAGUGUAGAGCAAUGCAGUCUGUUACGUGCAGGGCUGCAGCAUUCUUCAGGACUGACAAAGGAGAGUAAGUCUUUUCUGUGAAUCAAUAGAGUAAAAAUUAGUGUCGUGUUCAAAUAGUGAAUAAUUCAGGAAAAUACAGCUCUGUGUAAGCGUGUGUGUGUGUGUGCGUAUAUGUAUGUCUGAGCAUUUGUGGUUUUGUGUGUUGUGGGGGUGUGUGUGUUAAAUCAGGAAGAGAUUUUGGGGGUAUGUUUUUUAUCUUGACCGGAGGGUUAGAGCUUUAACUUGUCUUUGCUAAUGCAUGUAAAUAGCUUUCUUGUCCACUUAAUGAGGAGGCUGGCUUGUUAUCCUGUACAAUGCAGCUGGGCACAGUUCCAGAAGCAGAGGCACUUGGUUUCAAAGACAAAGAAGCCAGCGCAGACGUAGGGAGAAACCUGGAACAUUGCGUGGUGGAUUUUUUCAGAGCGAUGACUCAUUUCAGUUCACAAAGGAUUCUGGGCAGGGUAGUGAGAAGUCAGGUUGGCUGAUCCAUUCCUAUGACUUCACUUUGCAGAGAGCCAGGCAGAAGAGGAGUGACACUGCAGAAUCCUGAGGCACUGCAGUGGAGAGGUGCUUUGCUAAGACUGUGAUGUAUCACCAAUCAGCAUGUCUCCCAUCAGUCAGUCACAAUUUAUUCCACUUGGGGAAAUCCUUUGCCUGGCCAUCUCAGCAAUGAACUCUGCCCGAAAACAAGUCACACAAGAAGCACUAAUGGAGCACCUAACAACCUGCUUCCCAGGGGUUCCAACACCCAGUCCAGAAAUCCUUCGACAUACCUUGAAUAUGCUUGUACGGGAGAGGAAAAUAUACCCAACUCCAGAUGGUUAUUUCAUUGUAACCCCGCAGACUUACUUUAUAACACCAUCUCUCAUAAGAACUAACAGUAAAUGGUACCAUUUGGAUGAGAGGAUACCUGACAGGUCUCAAUGUACCUCUCCGCAACAAGGAACUAUCACUCCCUCCACCUCGGGAUGCGUCAGGGAUCGAACACUACCCAAAAACCACUGCGACUCCUGCCAUUGUUGCAGAGAAGACAUGCACAGCAUGCAUGCAUCUACCCUACAGAGAAAGUCAGCAAAAGACUGUAAAGACUCAUAUUGUCCUCCUUCAUUAUGCCAGGUCCCACCCACUGAGAAAAGUAAAAGUACUGUCAAUUUUUCUUAUAAGGCAGAGACGCUCACAAAGCCUAAAGAUGUAGAAAAGCAGUCUAAGAAAUUUGGACUCAAAUUAUUCCGCUUAAGUUUUAAGAAGGACAAGACAAAACAGUUGGCAAAUUUCUCUGCCCAGUUUCCUCCAGAGGAGUGGCCACUGAGAGACGAGGACACCCCUACCACUAUACCUAGAGAGGUAGAGAUGGAGAUUAUCAGGCGCAUUAACCCAGAUUUGACUGUGGAAAAUGUCAUGAGGCACACUGCACUAAUGAAGAAACUUGAAGAAGAAAAAGCUCAACGAAGCAAAGCGGGAUCUUCAGCUCACCACAGUGGACGAAGUAAAAAAAGUAGGAAUCACAGAAAGUCUCAUGGGAAAUCGAGGUCACACAGCAAGACUCGGGUAUCCAAAGGAGAUCCAUCUGAUGGCUCUCAUUUGGAUAUACCUGCUGAAAGAGAGUAUGAGUUCUAUGAUCCCUUGACUCGAUCCCCGCGGGAAGGCUGUUUCAUAAUAGAACACAAGGGAGAUAAUUUUAUAAUGCACAGCAACCCUAGCAUGAUUGAAUCUCACUUUCCCAUGACACCAGAAUGGGAUGUGUCUGGUGAGCUGGCUAAAAGAAGAACUGAAAUGCCUUUUCCUGAACCUUCCAGGGGAAGCUCCCACUCUAAGGUCCAUCGGAGCCACAGCCAUACGCAGGAUAGACGAUCGAGGAAUGAGCGGUCUAGUAAGGCUAAAGAAAGGUCUAGAUCUAUGGAUAACUCCAAGGGACCUCUGGGCUCAGCUACUUUAGGCACACCUGAAGACAUGGGUGAAGGCUGUAGCCCAGAUGACCAAACAACUAGCCAAACUUACAUUGAUGAUAGUACUUUAAGGCCAUCUCAGUCGCUCAGUCAUCAAAGGGCUCUGAUUUCAUCUGCAAGCUACAAAGAGACUUGCAUCCCUGAAAUAGCUAGCGGCAGUGUAGAAACCCCCAGUUCCUGUAGUGUGUUGGAACAAAAGCCUACGGAGAAUUUGCCAUCGUAUAGUGAGCUCAACUCCUGCACAACAAAAUCUGCAGUCGAUGACUAUUUCCAGUGCAACACGUCCAGUGAGACUGUGCUUACUGCUCCGUCACCACUGGGAAAGAACAAAGAGGAUCAUGACACGCUGACAGGGACAGAUGGGCUCAAAAAAAUGACUCCCUCAGAAAGACAGUCUCAGCAUGUUCCCAGGGAGCCUGGGGUGCACAAAGAGGAGUCCCCAAAGGGCCCAAGCAGCGGCUCAGCGGUUGUUGGCCAGACUCCAGAGGUGAUUGCAAACGGACGGCUGGUUCAACACCACAGUGCUGAAUCAAGCAGCCUUGAUAAAAGGAAAGAAAUAUUUAGUAAGGAUACUCUCUUCAAACCUCUGCACAACACUCUUUCUGUGAAUAGUUUCCAUAAGUCUAGCACACCCCUGCUAAAGCCCCAUCAAAAGACCCCUUCUGACACGUUACCAGUCAGAUGUGAGAAACUUGAACAAGCGAUAGUAACCUCAGUCACACAAGUCAUGCCUGUCUCACAGAGACAGCAAGAGACAGCUGGGAACCAGGAGGCCUCGUUUGAUUACUACAACGUAUCUGAUGACGACGACUCAGAGGAGGGAACCAACAAAAAUGCCGAGGAAGAGAAGAACAGGGAUGAUGUUGGCACAAUGCAGUGGCUCCUGGAGAGGGAAAAAGAGAGAGAUCUGCAAAGAAAGUUUGAGAAGAAUCUCACUCUUCUCACUCCAAAAGAAACAGAAAAUAGCAACAACCAGAGAGCCACCCACUCAGCCCGCCUGGACAGCAUGGACAGCAGCAGCAUCACUGUGGACAGCGGGUUCAACUCUCCACGUACUCGGGAGAGCCUGGCAUCCAACACUUCGAGCAUUGUUGAAAGCAACAGACGUCAGAACCCUGCUUUGAGCCCAGCACACGGCGGUGCAGGCCCAGCGUUCAGCUUCCGAGCCACCACAGACCCACCGACAAGCGAAGCUGAGAAACUGCAGAAACCAGCUAACUGCCUGCAAGCUUCUGUCACUAGUGUCUGAUAGUCAGCCUGCCUCAGAAUUUCUGUCUUAUCCCAUACAGCAAAGUUUACGACACUGGGACUGAUGUUUACAUCUUUGGAGGGGAAAAAAAAAAAAAAAAAAAAGCAUCUCAACCACAGUUUUAGUGUUUACUUAAACUGUGCUGCUAUGUAGACUAGGGGCAACAAGUAAAUCUUUCUUUCGAGGUAUUGCUUUUCACAUUUGCGGCUCUGUAGCAACAGAAUAGCAGUAGGGAUAAUAUGUACACUUUUUGCUUCACUUAAUUGUAACUGAGCACAUAUAUGAAAGUCUAGACACUGUAAGUGUAAUCUGCAUUUUCAAUGUCCAUGCAGUUGCCAACUUCAUUUUAAAAAAAUGCCACAGAUGUGUGAUGUCCCUGGUCAGAAGCUAAACUCUGCUGCAGAGUUGGUUUCCUUCAAAAAUUGAGCCAGUGCUGAAAGUGACCAGCCAGGAUCACCACGAGGAAAAAUGAUGCCAAAUGUGACGAGUGAUGACCUCGGCUCCGUCUGUGAAUUAUCGGUACCGAUCAGUCAUUUCCACUGUGCGUUUUUGUGACAAUUUUGCAAAUACCUGUUGAAGUGAGUAAGAAGAGGUUCUUUUUUUACAGUGUGGAGGGUGGGGAGGGAGACGGCUUUCCCUUUUGUGUUUCAGAAGUAUGAGAGAUGUUUGUGUACUGAAGCUCGCUGCAUGACCUUCUGCAGUCACAAAUGGGGAGGUAGACCUUUGCUAGAGGGGGGAAUGGGGAGGGAAGGGAAAGUUAUAACUGUUGUAGAGCUGCAGCGCAGAGUGGCACAAAAUAGAGGAAAUAUCUUCAGUUUACAUCAAGUAUUUUAAAAAGAUAAUCUGAUUUUCAUGUCACUUCUGGUAUUGCAACUUGCCAUUAACGCAGGAACCAGAAAAAAAUCUGAUUUCUUUGAACAAAAAUAUUCUUUAUGAUAUAAAUGACAAGUAUGGCCUGAAGAACUGAUUUCUUUCUAGUGGAAGGACUAAAUCUAUUUUAUGUAGCUUAUUAAAUAGAGUGCCUAAAUUAGGCUAUUAAAAAUAGCAUACAGUGUAGUGAUUAUCAGAGAACAAAAUUUAGAGAAUUAUAAACUUCUGGCCUUUUUAUUCAGUGGAUGUUAUUUGCAAUUUAGCAUUUUAUGGACAUGUUUAGUUUCUAGAAAUUAAAUGUGUCUGUAUGGUGGGCAGUAGAAAACUGAAUUCUGUAGGUAUGGUUUAUCCUAAUUGCUCUCCCCAAAACUGUUACUCUGGAGUAAUUUGUACCAUGCUAAUUACUGCAGAGUAACUUCUAAGGAUAGUUGAACUUCAAGAAUAAUUUUGAGGUGUAGGGUCACAUUCUGCUCUGUUCCUCAUGCAACCUGGUAGUGCAACAAACUGACUUAAAAAUUAAUUCUAUCUUCGUUUUCUGUCAGAACAGACAAAUUGGUGGAAGAAUAACAAAGAUAUUAAAUCUUCAGCAGUCCAAACUGUUGAAUAGAAAAGGGACAUUUCCACUGUCUAGCUCCUGUAGUACACAGGUAUUAAAACCAACUGUACAUACUAAGAACCAGUAUUUUCAUCAGGUUCUGGUGACAUGCAUUACUCUGUACGCAGAGUCAUUUGAGCUUCACUCAUGUUCUAUAUUCUCAUCAGAAGUCUUCACUGAAGGUUCAGCCUUAUGUUAUGCAGUUGGAUAUAAGUUCAUUUUCUUACCAGCUGGCUUUCUAACUGGACAUGAUCAGUUUCUAAUUCUGUCAAGAACAUCUCUAGUACCCAGUAAAUGCACAGGUCUGCUUUCCUUGGUUUCAGUGUACAAAUUCCAUUUCACAGGAGCAAUAAGACCUUUUGGUGCACAUGAAGGAAAUUAUUGUGCUUUUGGUCGGUUAUCAAAGUCACUUGGCCUUUAGCCUUCUGCCUUAUCAUACCUUCCAAGAUGUGCUCUAAUGACCAUAUAGCGCUUUGCAUGACGCAUCUUACUAUUCAGUAUGUAACUCCAGCCGUGCUUACUCCAUGUGAACUGUAGAGUCAGAGUUUUUGUGGGGAGCUGUCAUAUACUAUGCAGUGGCUGACUGUGAUUUUGUUUUCUGAGGCAAGCUCUGACAUCAGUAGUAUGUAUCCAUUCAGUAAAUAAAAAUGUCAAAACAAAAAAAAUAAUAAUAAUUACAGCCGAUGAUCUGAAGUACAAAUGGCAGUAUUAGAAUGUGAGGAGCAAAAACAAAUUUCAUCUUUUGGAGAAGUGUUUGUCAUAAACUAAUCGGAACUUAGGCAGGCAGCUGGUUGUACAGAAGACAUAGUUCCAACAAAACAUGACAGUACAUACCUACAAACUGUGUAGUAUGUAGUUUUCUGAAGUUCCCAGAGACCAGCAGACAACAUAAAUGUCAUAUUAAUGUUGACGUGGCAUUGUACCAAUAUUAAUGUGACUCUUGGAAUAUGGAAUGUAAACAGAAGUUUCAAAUAGAAACGUUCUAAUCUUGAAUUACUUUUUUUCUUUUUUUCUUUUUUUCUUUCUUUCUUUUUUCUUUAAAAAUCAACAAUGGAAUAUAAGGAAAUUCCAUCUUGAGGUUCUGGUAACAAAACCACGAGAGUGGAGCUUGAGUGCUUUAUGUCACCCUAAUCCUUUGAUGAAAUCAUAGCCUUGUAUUACGUGGUUGCUUAUCUAUCAUUCUAAUGUAUCGAUUUAAAGGUUUACAGAGUUAGAUUAGGUUGAAUCUGUGUUGUGUUCAACUGUAAAGGGUCAACACAAAUCUGUCGGCAUUUUGCACACUUGAUAUGUAUUAUUAUAAUACAACAUGUUACUUUUAUGGUAAUUUUUUUUACACAUAUAACUACCUCCAUGAAUUUGAUGAAAUGCAGCAACAUAAAAGCGUAUUGUACAAAGCAAGGUUAAAAACUUUGAAGCAUUAGCUCAUGGCGUUCUCUUGUGUGUCAAUGCUUGCGUAUGAAGUCAUCGUGUUUCCAUUGCCACGAUUUCCUUUUACAAUAUUAAAAAUCUGUCUUUCAGAUGAGUCAUGUAAGACUUCGACAAGGCUGCAUAAUUUGGAUAACAGUGAAAAGGGAGGCUGAAUCCUCCCAUCCUCUCCCCAGUUACUGCUACAAUUUCUGCCUGGUAGAACUUGAAAAUGUGUAUGUAACUGAGCAAAUUAGGAACAUCUACAGUCUGUGAAAUAUGAUUGAUGGUGUGGGGUUUUAGGGGAAGACGCUCCGGGUAUUUUCUUGGCAGCCUGCAAAUACACUGGGCCCUAUUCUGCCUCUGAUUUUGCCAACUGGUCGGGUCAUGGUUUCUCGGAACUGGUAAGGGUUAGAACAGUGAUACUUGCUCUGGUUUCUGGAGUGUGUACGUCAGAACCACUCACUCUUGUAGAAAUAACCAGCAGCUCUUAAUUGACUUUGCUGGGAGCAGCAUUAGGGACCCCGCUUGAGGUAUGUGCCUAUUGUUUAAAAAACGUGGCCAAGUUCCCAAGAAAAAUGAAGCCAGCCUUUGAAGUAGCCAGUUGCAACAAGCCACCGUUCAGAAGGGAAAAAAGAUUUUCCAAAAACCAAAGGAAGAAAGUGGCAGCUGAACUUAAGCAGAUCAUAUUUAUAUACAAGCCCUGAUUUAUGAACACCUCUUUCAGCAAACUAGUACCAUUAUCACAGUGCAGGUUAAUAUACGGUCAUCAGUGGAGCUAAUGUAGCUGUUAAAAUAGUUCAGUUAAAAAUCAUAAGAGGUCGUCCAUUUGACUCUUUGCAUCAUUAUAAAAUAUCCAUAAAACAAGCAGUGAUGCUCGCUCAACUUUAAAACAUAUCAGGAAAGAAAUAUUGUAAUGAAAACCACAGCCUAGUGCUUGCCAGAGCAGUCAUUCUUACAGCAGAGAACGAGGAAGCCAAGGUCAUGCUUUGCACCCAGAUCAUGCCCUCUGGCCCUGCAGCCCUCCGUGUGGUGCAGCCAGGGCAGGCAGGUAGGUGGCACCGUCCCCAUCUUGUGUCAGGGCAUGCUGAAAAAAAAAAAAA